AUGCAGUGUUCGGCGCACGCCCUUCUCUUCCUGCUCCUCUGCUGUACCGCCCAGCAGGCCAGCUCACUUUCUGUUGCCACAGAACCAGCAUGGCCCUGGAGCAGGAAGAGGGCCUCGGCGCAGAAGAUCAGCGGCCAGUUCUCGAAGCAGGCCGAGCUGGCUGACGAGCAGGCCCCCGCCGAGCAGGCCGCGCCGUCUUUGAAGGGUGCCAGCGCGCAGACGGCCCAGACGGAGGCCACCGAGCAGGCCCGCUUCGCGCAGGCCCAGACAGACCGGGUGCUGCAGCUUCAGGCCGAGCUGGAGGCCAAGCAGCGCGAGCUCAAGGAGUUCAACGAGGCGGAGCAGGCCCAGGAGCUCUUCGGGGAGCGUGCUGAGGAGCAGGCCGGCAAGCAGCGUCAGCUCAGCGAGUUCAUCGACGCCCAGAGGGCGAAGGCGCAGGCGGCCGAGCAGGCGGCACGUGCGGCGCGGGCCGAGGCCGAGCUGCGCCCCAAGCGGCGCGAGCUCAGGGCGCUGGAGCAGCAGAAGCUCGAGGUCGAGCUGGUGACCAAGCAGCGCGAGGCGCAGGCCGCGGAGCAGGCGGCGCACGACGCGCAGGCCCUGCAGGUGGCCCGCGACGCGGCCGCCGACCGGGAGCGCGCGGCUCAGGCCGAGCAGGCCCGGAUGCAGCAGCUGCAGGCGGAGCUGGAGGCCAAGCAGCGUGAGCUCAAGGAGUACAUCGAGACCCAGCUUCCGAAGCUCUCAAGCGAGCAGGCUGCUAACAGCGCCAGCUGA